AUGCCUCGACCUUCACUUGCGGAUAACCGCACUAUGAAGAUCCUCAACGCUGCAAAGCAAGGGGGCUAUGCAGUCGCCGGUUUCUGCUGCUACAACCUCGAAGCCGUGGUAGCAUCCGUCAGGGCAGCAGAAGCAACCUCUUCGCCAGCAGUGGUGCAACUCUUCCCAUGGGCGAUGGAGUACGCAGGCAGCGCACUCGUCCGCGCCGCGGCAGAACUCUGCCACAGCUCCUCCGUGCCAGUAUCGCUGCAUCUCGAUCACUGCCAGACGCCAGAGCUGGUCCGACGCGCCGCGGAUAUCCCCGACGGCUUCGAUAGUAUUAUGGUUGACAUGAGCCACUACGAGAAAGAAGAGAAUCUGGCUCUCACUCGCGAGCUGGUCGAGUACUGCCACCAGCGCGGUAUCGCAACGGAGGCAGAGCCCGGGCGCAUCGAAGGUGGCGAAGACGGCGUGGCUGAGACGAUAGAUCUAGAGGGGGUGCUCACGACACCAGAGCAAGCUGAAGAGUUUGUCGCGACUGGAAUCGAGAUGCUGGCACCCGCCUUCGGUAACGUGCACGGCGAAUACGGUCCGCGGGGAAUCAAGCUGGAGUAUGAUCGGCUCGAAAACACCAACAAAGCGGUCGGAGAACGGGUCAGGCUCAUCCUUCACGGGGCGGAUCCGUUUACAGAGGAAAUCUACAACCGCUGCAUCAAAGCUGGAGUGACGAAGAUAAACAUCAACAAAGGCAUCAACAACCACUACGUCUCAUCUCAGGAAACAGCUCGGGGCCGUCCAAUUACUGCGACAAUUGAAGCUGGCACGAAAGAGAUGCAGAAGGCGUGCGAAACUUACAUGCGAUGGUUUGGCUCGGCAGGAAAGGCUUAG